AUGCAACAAUAGCACAUAUUCGAGGUACCAAUGCUGUAGCUAUAACAGGUGCAGUUACUUUUUUUCCAAAUGUUCUACUUGGACUUACAAGUGCAAACAUUAUUCUAGCCCAAGAACUUGAUGAAGAUUGGACAGUAGCUAGAGGGCAACCAACCAAUGCAGUACUAGUUGUACCAAAUGCUAAAGAAGGCGUUUCUAUUAUUUUUGCAGGAAUCCGGUCUGGACAAAGGUUGUUUCUAACUAAAAAGCAUUUCCCGUCUACUGAUAGAUAUUUGAGAAUAUUUGAAAUUGGAGAUCAAUUAGGUUAUACUUUAGCGCAAAAGAAAACACAAUUUAUGUCUAGAGUAAGAGAUGAUAUAAAGAAGAAAAUCUAUAGGAUUGGUCAGCAUAGGCCUAUUAAUAAUAUUUUUGACAAUCUAGCAGAACUUGAAUUACGUUGUAGGGUAUUAGGUCCGCCACCAUCAUAUCUUAGUUAUAUACUAGUCCCUCCUGCUAUUUCCAAUAAAACUCCUCCACCAAUUUCUUCUAAAAAUAUAGAGCAAUUACGUUAUUUAUAUAAAAGUAAUAAUCCCUUUGAUGGGCCUCCUGUACUAUAUAAAUCAGAUAAAUUAUGUUCAGCAAGAAUUGAUAGAUUAGAAUCUAUAAUGGGUAAAAUUGCAGACACCGUGAGUAGUGUUGCAGAUUCUGUAGAACAAUUAACUAAUCAAUUAGGAAAAAUGUCACUUAAUGAUCAAUCUCGAAAGCCUUUCUAUUGCAGUAAUUGCGGACAGGAAGGGCAUAAGAAAAUAAUUGCCCUA